CAAAUUAGACGCCUAAUCUUUUCUCUCACCGUCUACUUGCACUUCUCUCGUUCAGUAUGGGUCGCUUGAGGCAGAAAGGAAACGCUGGUGCAGCUAAAGCAUAUGUUACUCGCUCCAUAGCUAUCAAGAAGCUUCAAUGCUCUCUUGCAGAUUUCCGUCGCCUCUGUAUUUUAAAGGGUAUCUUCCCCCGGGAGCCCAAAAGUAGGAAACGUGCCAAUAAAGGAUCUUCUGCCCCGACGUCCUUCUACUACGCAAAAGAUAUUGCUUAUCUGGCACACGAGCCUGUCCUUAAGAAGCUUCGGGAACACAAGGCCUUUGCUAAAAAGUUGUCACGAGCUCUUGGUCGAGGGGAAUGGAGCAGUGCUAAAAGUUUAGAGGAAAAUAAGCCAGUGUACAAGCUGGAUCACAUCAUCAAGGAAAGAUAUCCUACUUUCAUCGACGCAUUACGGGAUAUCGACGAUGCCCUUUGCAUGAUAUUUCUUUUUGCUUCGCUCCCUUCAAAUCCUCGUAUCCCCCCUUCCUUGGUCGAAAACUGCUCUCGGCUUGCGGCUGAAUGGCAACUGUAUAUUAUGCGCUCCCAUUCACUGCGAAAAGCGUUCUUGUCUAUCAAGGGUGUAUAUUACCAGGCUGAAGUUAUGGACCAAACCAUCACAUGGCUCGUACCCUAUCAAUUUACACAAAACAUCCCGGUCGAUGUGGACGUUCGAGUAAUGUUGACUUUCCUGGAGUUGUAUCAGACACUCCUUGGUUUCGUGUUCUUCAAGCUUUAUACAGACGUCGGUCUAGUAUACCCCCCACCUCUAGACGCAAAACGAGAUGAAAGUGCCGCCGGUGUCGGAGCUUAUCUUUUGCAGGAGGCGUCACAAAAAUCAGACAAGCCCGCAGUAACGAAGGUCAAGGUCGUGGAGGUCGAAGGCCGUCAGGUAUCAGGGAGGGAUGUUUACAAGACAAUCAAAAAUAUUGCUUCAUCAUCUUCUAAUGCAGAUGAUAUGGACGUUGAUGCACCCACUGUCGAAAAUAACUUUGGCGAAACCGAAGAGGAAUUUAUAGUCCAGCCUUCGAAAUCGGACGCUGAAAUGGCAUCAUCACUACCUACUCUACAAUCUUUAAAGGCUCUGCCUCAGUCGAUCAACACCUCGCUAUUUGCUCCUUACACCUUCUGGCUUUCACGUGAGACCUCUCGCCCAAUAUUCGAAUUCCUCGUGCGAUCGUUCGGUGGUAAAAUUGGCUGGCCGGCAUCAUCUGGCGGAGGCUCCCCAUUCGAUGAAUCGGAUGACUCUAUAACCCAUGUUAUCAUAGACCGGCCAGUGAUUGAACAACCCUCAGAAACUGAUGAACAACGAGAACGGCGGUUAAAGAGGAGAUAUGUUCAACCCCAAUGGGUUGUAGACUCAAUAAAUGCUGGCAAAAUUCUCCUGGAAGCGCCGUAUGCUCAAGGGCAAACUCUUCCUCCUCAUUUGAGUCCGUUUGGAGAAUACGAGGGUGCAUAUGAUCCGGCUGCACUCGCGAACGAGGAGGCUGCUGCAGAUGAAGAUGAAAGCGAGAUUGAGGGCGAGGAUGUCGAAAUUGAAGAUGCCGAUUUAGAGAACGAGGUUCUACAAGCAGUAGCCACUGCUGCUACGGAAGACUCCGCGACUUUAAGAGCCGCGGAACUAGCCGCGGAAGCAGCAGGCAUUGAUCCUAGUACAUUCGAAAAGGAGGUCGCGAAAUCGCGUCGCAAGUCGAAGAAGUCGUCAUCUAAUGGCGUUGACGAGGCGGAGACGGACAUGAACAAAAUGAUGAUGAGCAACAAACAAAAGAAGCUGUACGAGAAGGUGAAGCACAGCCAGGACAAGCGCAAUCUCGAGCGCUCAAAAUUGGAAGAAAAGAAGAAGAAUCUUCACAAGCAAAAACGCAAACUGGGUUAGACAUCAUAGAGUUGAUCUACAGUACAUUGUGGACACGUACAUCUUCACAUCUCUGCCACAUUUUUGUUGUAUGUAGUCAAUCUGGUAGAUCUUUCAAGUUGAGCUUUGAAGUUAGGGGCGUGAGAGCGCGUCACACGAGGUAGCGCUGUAAUUCGCGCAAGCCCAC